AUGGCGCUGUUGGUGGGGCGGCGGACCUGUGGUUGGAGCCUAGCGGCCGCUGUGACAGCUCUGGCGACGCUGCUGCACGCCUGGGGCAGGGCCGAGGCGUUGAACGAAACGGGGCUGGAGACCGGUAUUUACGGGCUGCGGCUGGUGGCAGUAGAGCGGCCGCUCCAGGAGGAGGAGGGGUCGGCGGCGGUGGAGGGGGCCGGGGAGGUGCUACGGGUCCUGGAGGGCCAGACGGUCAAGCUGCGGAUCUUCGGCCGGGGCAUCGACGCCGGCACCUGGAGGAGGGUGGGCUUCGCCGAGCUGGGCCCCGAGGAGGGCUCGGCGAACUGGAGCGUGAGGCGGGCCUGCCCUUCCCGCAGCCGCGACCUGGAGGUGAAGCCCGGGGUGGAGGAGAGGCGGGAGACGUCGGGCCUGCUCACCGUGCGGGUGCAGCCCCUCCGCAAGCAGGAGAAGAGCCGGCUGUUCGGCCUGUGCAGCCGCCCUCCCGGGGACGAGGCCAGCUCGGCCUGGCUGCUGCACUCGGAGCCCGACAGCCGCCUGAGGGUGCACGAGGAGACGCCGCCGCUGCUUCCCUUCUGGCUGCAGAUCAUCCUCACUGCGCUGCUGCUGGUGCUCUCGGGCAUGUUCUCUGGCCUCAACCUGGGCCUGAUGGCCCUGGACCCCAUGGAGCUGCGGAUCGUGCAGAACUGCGGCACCGAGACCGAGAGGCGGCACGCCCGCUGCAUCGAGCCCGUCCGCCGCCAGGGCAACUACUUGCUGUGCUCCCUGCUGCUGGGCAACGUCCUGGUGAACACCACCCUGACUGUGCUGUUGGACGGCCUGCUGGGCACUGGCUGGGUCACUGUAGUGGCUUCCACAGUGGGCAUCGUCAUCCUGGGUGAGAUUGUGCCCCAGGCGCUGUGCUCACGGCAUGGGCUGGCGGUGGGUGCCCACACGGUGCUGCUGACCAAGUUCUUCAUGGUGCUGACCUUCCCUCUCUCCUACCCCAUCAGCAAGAUGUUGGACUGUGUGCUGGGCCAGGAGAUCGGUAAGGUCUACAGCCGUGAGAAAAUCCUGGAGAUGCUCAAGGUGACGGGCCCGUACAAUGGCCUCGAGGCCGAUGAGCUCAACAUGAUCCAGGGUGCCCUGGAGCUGCGCAGCAAGACGGUGGAGGAUAUCAUGACACCCAUCCACGACUGCUUUAUGGUAUCGAGUGAUGCCAUCCUUGACUUCAGCACCAUGUCAGAGAUCAUGGAGACAGGCUACACCCGGAUCCCUGUCUACGAGCAGGAGAAGUCGAACAUCGUUGACAUCCUGUACGUCAAGGACCUGGCCUUUGUUGACCCUGAUGACUGUGUUCCCCUCAAGACAAUCACCAAGUUCUACAGCCACCCAUUGCACUUUGUGUUCUACGACACCCGGCUGGACACGAUGCUGGAGGAGUUCAAGCAGGGUAAAUCACACCUGGCAAUUGUACAGAAGGUGAACAGUGAAGGUGAGGGAGAUCCUUUCUACGAGGUGCUGGGCCUGGUCACCCUGGAAGAUGUUAUUGAAGAAAUCAUCAAAUCAGAAAUUCUUGACGAAUCGGACAUAUUCACCGACAAUCGAUCCAAGCAGAAGGUUGUCCACAACAGCAAGAAACGGGACUUCUCUGUUUUCAAACCCACUGUCCAUGAGGUGAAAGUCAAGGUGUCCCCGCAGCUGCUGCUGGCUGCCCACCGCUUCCUGUCGACAGAGGUCAGUCUCUUUGCCCCUGCCCACAUCUCUGAGAAGAUUCUGCUGCGACUCCUCAAACAUCCCGACGUCAUCAAUGAGAUCAAGUUUGACGAGAGCAACAAACUGGCUGCUGACCACUAUCUGUACGUGCGUGGCAAGGCAGUCGAUUACUUUGUCCUCAUUUUACAGGGUAAAGUGGAGGCAGAGGCUGGCAAAGAAGAUAUGAAGUUUGAGACAGGGCCCUUUUCCUACUAUGGUACCAUGGCCCUCACCAGUCCCACUUUGGUUCCCACCUCCAGGCUCCGUACUUGCAGCCUCAAACGGCCUUCCCUAUUUUCUUGGUUCCAAGAAACCCGACCGUCCUCUCGCACCAGUGAGCUGAGUCGCUCUGUCUCACUGAGCUACACAGAACGCUCGGAAUCUGCGCUGUCCGUCGUCUCACCCCCCCCCUUGACGCACUAUGUUCCGGAUUUCUCUGUGAGGGCGCUGACUGACCUGCAGUACGUCAAGGUGACACGGCAGCAGUACCAGAAUGGGUUACUGGCGUCAAAGAUCGACAGCACUCCACAGUCCCCGGACAAUCCCCACACAAAAGUCGACAUCAAACUGGAGAAACCUGAGACUAUAGCAGACGAAACCACGGACCUUCUGAACGAGCAGAACUCUUUGAACCGUAAUUUGAACCACACUUUGGAAAACAGUAUAUGACCCUAUGCCAAGAUGCCUGGAGGGUCAAGACUCUGCUCUUGGGGCAUUUAAAACAGUUCCUGCAAACAAUCACAGUGCAAUCUUUUUAUAGUGUGUGUGUGUGUGUGUGUGUGUGUGUGUGUACACACAUGGGGAUGAAAGAGGAACAAUACGACACAAGACAACUCGGGCCUGUCUAGUGAACGACUGAUUUGCUACAGCCAUGCAAGCCGGAGUCAGCAUGAGGACAAAAAGAUGAGACUGCUGAUAACACCCCCCAACCCCAGGGUGGAAUCUUCAACAGCCGUCUCUUCUCGUCCUGGCAAGUGAACCUUCCAAUGUCGAAUAAAGGCAGGACCACACGUCUUUGGCUGGUUGCCAACUAUCUUGGACAGCUUCAAAUGGGUUUUGGCUGUGCGUUGCUGGGUAGCGUUGCAGCUGUCACCCUGGGUUGGUGUACACUAAAUACUCACUCCCCAGCGCCUCCUUCUCCAGACUGUGGUGUUUCCCCACCUCAGUCCCAAACUAACCUUCAGCCUUCGUUCCUUUGUACAUUUUGACCAUUGAUAGGUGGCAGAAGAAAUUUUUGCUGCUAUUACAAUGCACAGAUAAGUCACUUCACUUUACAUGAUGGGCUGUAACGACCCGUAGCAGCUCUACUAUUUGGGGGCCAGUAGCAGUGUUUGGGAAGUGGUUAUUUUUAACCAGUUUAAUUUUGUCCUGAAGUGAUUCCGUGUUUCAGAUCUGCCAAUGUCUUUCCUUUAGUGUGGUUAAACCCUGAAUAGCCGGUAGGUGGGACCUGGUGAACGUAGCCCUCAGUUGACACUGAUCUCUUGUUAGUUCUCUGCUUGUCUGUCAGCGUUUAACCAGAAGAUGGAGAAUUGCCAAAAGAAGCUGCGUUAGUUCAGGUUCUCUGCGGACUUUUGUCCUGUGAUCGGGUCUUUUGUGACCCUGAUCUACUUUGAUCUAAAGUGGCAUAGCUGAGCAAACGGCAUCUCAAUAGUUGAAAGUAUUGUUAUCUAGAAACUAGAGAAAGUUUCAGUUCAUUGCCACGUCCAUUGGGACUUGUAGAGUGGGGCAUGAAGUUGGGACGCAUGAAAUAUUCUAGAGCGAUGAGUCUUGUGUUCACUGAAUGUCUGAUCCAAUUCAAUUCUUGGAACUGGGGUUUAUGUAAAUUAGGACAUUCGCAGUUUUAAGUAUUGACAAUGUGUAUUCUGAGCGGGGAUCCAUUCCUGAUAUCCUCAGCCAUGCAUAACUAUGCUUCAGGUACAUAGCUGUCAAUCACAUUAAUCGUAAGCCCUUGUGUUGUCACCCAAGGCCAGGUCACUUGUGCACGUACACUGCUGUACAAAUCAUACAAUAUCCAGAAAUUCCUUUUUGGGCCAGUCCAGCAGAAAGUGCUGAGAGUCAACAAGAUGCAUCUGCUGCAGGGAGAGACAAGUCAGCACUUUGAAUACAAAACCUUCAUUUGAACUCGUAGCCUUUUGUUCUCAGUUUUCAACUGAAGGAAGUGUUGUCUGGUCCACAGAUCAAACUUGUCCUGUUUUUUUUAUUGUGGGAGGGUUUUGUUUUUAAGUUACUCCAACCUUGCAGCAUGGUUCAGAUCAGUUUCCAAAGUGCAUGUCCCUGUUUGUGUGUUGGUCAGAGCUGCUGAUAAGUAAUUCUUCCAAACGUACAUUGUGAAGGAAAUCCACUCGUCGGUGAAUCUUGCUGGGCCAGGGAUGGGAGGUUAUCAAGUGGACAGUCUAGAAGUUGUAACAAUCCGCACCAACUCCAUUGGCUGGCACCAGCUGAUUCUUUUUUUAAUAACAAUUUAUUUCUAGAUCUCUGAGAUUGACUGAAGGAACAAACUGGGGGGUCACCUCCACACUGCCAGGCCACACCUGUGUGCUAUCAUUCGUGACUGGGGCUAACAGAAAAGCUUAUCUGUUUAUUCUGAUUAAUUUGUAAUGUGAUAUCUUACUCUGGUUUAUUUAUUAUUUUAUUAUUGACGCUUGCCUUCUAAUUGCACUCUGGGCAGCCUUUCUGAUGGAUCCCAUUUUCUUGAGACUUUUUUAUUGUAUACAGUUCGUUUGCAAUAUGCUGUUCAAGGUGCUGUCUGCUUUAGAAGUUGGUUUGCCCAGAGUCUUCCCUGUGAAUUAAACAAGUCCCUCUACCUUUUUUAAAAUGGUGACCGGCUUGACUUUCAAAUUGCUUUUCUUCGGAGACUCCCAGUUUGCCUCAGAUUGUAAAUCCGCUGCCUCUUUUGCAACCCUGCUCCCAAACUGAGGAGAUUGCUGAGAAACUCAGCAGGUCUGGCAGCACCUGAAGCAGAGUUACCAUUUCAUGCCCAGUGUCCCUUCUGUGGAAUACAAGAAAGGUCACUAGACUUGAAGUGUUAACUUCAUUUUUCUCUCUCCACAGAUGCUGCUGCACCGCCUGUGAAUCUGCAGCAAUUUGUUUAAUCAAACUCUAAUUGCUGUACAGAGAGUCCAACAGUUGGAGCCUGUCAGGCCAGCCCUGCUGAGAAGGGCUUGUGUACAAACUGAGAGGAUGGGACUGAGAUCUGAGGUGCCCAGAGUAGUCAAACAGGCGAUUUAGAGGGCUGACACAAUAACAAAGAUUAUUUCCACCAAAAAGCUACAUAGAGUUGACCUCAUGGCGUGUGAUCACUUGUAUAGUCAUUUCCAUUAUUAUCUUCUCUUGUAGAGUCAACAGUCUUUGCAAGGAGUUUCCCUCCAUGUAUUGUUUAACAUCCUGUUGGUAUUAAACAGCUUUACAAUUUGUUCUUCCCUGGGGGAGUGCAGGAUAUUUAAAUCUUUUAAAAUAAAGCACACACUGAAAUGGCAAUCCAUUUUUCAGAAUGUACUUUUUUACAAUCCUUUUCAAAUAUAAAUCUGUAUAUGAAAACGUAUUUUGGAGGUUGGCAGUAAGAAUCAAUCUUAAACAGUCAUUUGCGUUGAGGGGGAAAAUGGGGGAGCAAGGACGGGGCUUGCAUCCUCUGCCUCUUGACAGCUUCUACAGAAAUAGGCAGAUUUUUUUUAAAAGAAAGUCCAGGAGGGGAUGUGUGAUUAAAUAAUGUUUUAUUAUUUUACCACUUGGUGCUGAAUACCAGCAAUAAUUAUAGCUCCAAAAUACUGCAGUCUUCCCAGGCCGUCUUCCAUGAUUGUGGGUAAUGUUCCUCUAAUUCUGCAUGUUCAGGGGUCAUUUGAAUUAAGAAAUCUGAUGGGUGACACUCCGCUGUAGACUAUAUUUAUUUGGCAAUAAGAUGUUGUUUGUAUAUUUGAUUUUUUUUUCCCAUGACCUGUUUGGAUUAGUAUUCUGUCUAAUGUCUUUUUGAACCAAACACUUGAAAACUUUUAAUGUCUGUGUGUCUCCUGAGCGUUUUCGAACCAAUUCCCUGUUCGAGUCGUGCACUUUCUGAUGUUUUAAAUAAGGUUAUUAAAUGCCGAACGUGUCUCUCUCCAUGACUGGUUCAUUGCUGACUUUUGCCAAUGUAAACUAAAUUUUGUAUCAGUGACCAGCAGGUUUGUUUUAUUUCCUCCUCCCUCUCACUACUUUAAAAACAGAUGUGUCAAAAGACCUGUUAAAUGGAUAUUCUUUGUAAGCAGGAGAGUCAAUCCAGUUUCCUUAUCGUCGUGGUGCAUGUGGUCACCAUGUGUAAUGCGAUUUCUUUGGAUUUUGAGGGAACGUAUUCUAUAUUUCUGUAUUAAAGAAAUAG